CGGGAGAGUGAGACGGGGCCUGGCCGCGGUCGUACGGGCGUCUGGGCUACGCUCUUUCUCUCUCGGCCGGCGGCACGGUGCUUUCCGGCUGCCGUCAAGCGCAGCAGUGGGCCGGCGGGCGGGGGCCGAGGGGCUGCCAUGGCGGCGGCAGGCCGGCUGCUGGGCUCCUGGGUGUUGCUGGCGCCGCUGCUUGGGGGCCUCGCGCUGCUGGGAGUCGGGCCGGUCCCGGCGCGGGCACUGCACAACGUCACGGCCGAGCUCUUUGGGGCCGAGGCCUGGGGCACCCUGGCGGCCUUCGGAGACCUCAACUCUGACAAGCAGACGGACCUCUUCGUGCUGCGGGAAAGAAAUGAUUUAAUCGUCUUUUUGGCAGACCAGAACGCACCCUAUUUUAAACCCAAAGUAAAGGUAUCCUUGAAGAAUCACAGUACAUUGAUAACAAGUGUAGUCCCGGGGGAUUAUGAUGGAGAUUCACAAAUGGAUGUUCUUCUGACAUAUCUUCCCAAAAAUCACGCCAACGGUGAAUUAGGAGCUAUUAUCUUCUGGGGACAGAAUCAAACCUUAGAUCCUUGCAAUAUGACCAUACUCAAUAGGACUUUUCAGGAUGAACCAUUAAUUAUGGACUUCAAUGCCGAUUUAAUUCCUGAUAUAUUUGGUAUCACAAAUGAAUCCAACCAGCCACAAAUACUAUUAGGAGGGAAUUUAUCAUGGCAUCCUGCAUUGACCAUUAAAAGUAAAAUGCGGAUUCCACAUUCUCAUGCAUUCAUUGAUCUAACUGAAGAUUUUACAGCAGAUUUAUUCCUCACGACAUUGUCUGCCUCUAAUACCUUCCAGUUUGAGAUAUGGAAAAAUUUGGAUGGAAAUUUCUCUCUCAGUACUGUAUUUGAAAAACCUCAAAAUAUGAUGGUAGUUGGACAGUCAGCAUUUGCCGACUUUGAUGGAGAUGGAAACAUGGAUCACUUAUUGCCAGGCUGUGAAGAUAAAAACUGCCAGAAAAGUACCAUUUACUUAGCAAGAUCCAGAACAAAGCAGUGGGUUCCUGUCCUACAGGAUUUUAGCAAUAAGGGCACACUCUGGGGUUUUGUGCCAUUUGUGCAUGAACAACGACCAACUGAAAUACCAAUUCCAAUUACCCUUCAUAUUGGAGACUACAACAUGGAUGGUUAUCCAGAUGCUCUUGCCAUACUGAAGAAUACAUCUGGAAGCAAUCAGCAGGCCUUUUUACUGGAGAAUGUCCCUUGUAAUAAUGCAAGCUGUGAGGGGGCGCGUCGUAUGUUUAAAGUCUACUGGGAGCUGAUGGACCUAAACCAAAUCAGAGAUGCAGUGGUUGCCACCUUCUUUGAUAUUUACGAAGAUGGAAUCUUGGACAUUGUAGUACUAAGUAAAGGAUAUACAAAGAAUGAUUUUGCCAUCCAUACACUAAAAAAUAACUUUGAAGCAGAUGCUUAUUUUGUUAAAGUCAUUGUUCUUAGUGGUCUCUGUCCUAAUGAAUGUCCUCGUAAGAUAACACCCUUUGGAGUGAAUCAGCCUGGACCUUAUAUCAUGUAUACAACUGUAGAUGCAAAUGGAUAUCUGAAAAAUGGUUCAGCUGGACAACUUAGCCAGUCGGCACAUUUAGCUCUCCAACUGCCAUACAAUGUACUUGGUUUAGGUCGAAGUGCAAAUUUUCUUGAUCAUCUUUAUGUUGGUAUUCCCCGUCCAUCUGGAGAGAAGUCUAUACGGAAACAAGAAUGGACCGCAAUCAUUCCAAAUUCUCAGCUAAUUGUCAUUCCAUAUCCUCACGAUGUUCCUCGAAGCUGGAGUGCCAAACUGUAUCUUACACCAAGUAACAUUGUUCUGCUUACUGCUAUAGCGCUCAUCGGAGUCUGUGUUUUCAUCUUGGCAAUAAUUGGCAUUUUACAUUGGCAGGAAAAGAAAGCAGAUGAUAGAGAAAAACGACAAGAAGCCCAUCGGUUUCAUUUUGAUGCUAUGUGACUUGCCUUUAGCAGUGCAUAAUGGAACGGCUAUUCACUUGAUUAACUGAAAUAUUAAACUUGGCUUAUAGAAGAAAACAGGCGAUUUUAUUAUUUAUAAAUGAUACAUCCCUUGGUAAUUAUUGGAAAGUAUUCAAAUAAAUAUGGUCUGAAUGUGUUACAAGGUCUUUUUUUAAAGCAUUUUGUAUACAAUAAUUUGGGUUCUUUUUUCAAUUGUGCUGUACAUAUUUGUUCCUUCGCGGAAUGUGUUGCAUGUACUAAGGUGUUUACGUAUUUAUAAUCUUAUUAGAAUAAUGAUGAUGGAAAAAGACACGUGUAAAUAAAAAUAUUUAAAUGAG